UUUUUUCGCCGGUUCUAGAAAACCAACCACGAGUUGUGGUGCUGUGGGAGAAUCCAUCUUGAAGAGAGCUCUCCGGUUGUGUGUGACCAGUAAGCAGAUUUUUGUACUUCCUUAUCCUCGUUUUUUUCUCCCGUUUAAAUUGUCACCUGGUCUAACAUUUCAAAAUGUCUGAGGCUGAGCAACAGUACAUGGAAACAUCAGAAAACGGCCACGAAGUCGACGACGAUUAUAACGGAGCCGGCCUCACCGACGAGGGCAACGACGGCAGCGCCAGCAACGACUGCGGAGAGGGCGCAGGGCCCGACGCCGACGCCGACGCCGACGGGGACUCGCAGAACGGCGGCACCGAGGGCGGACAGAUCGACGCCAGCAAAGGCGAGGAGGAUGCGGGGAAAAUGUUUGUUGGUGGUCUCAGCUGGGACACCAGCAAGAAGGAUCUCAAAGAUUACUUCUCUAAAUUUGGUGAGGUGACAGACUGCACCAUUAAGAUGGACCAGCAGACGGGCCGGUCAAGAGGCUUCGGCUUCAUUCUCUUCAAAGACGCGGCCAGCGUAGACAAGGUUCUUGAACAGAAGGAACACAGGCUAGAUGGCAGACAGAUUGACCCUAAGAAAGCUAUGGCCAUGAAGAAGGAUCCAGUUAAGAAAAUCUUUGUCGGAGGCCUUAACCCUGACACUUCUAAGGAAGUCAUUCAGGAGUACUUUGCGACUUAUGGAGAGAUUGAGACCAUCGAGCUUCCUCAGGAUCCAAAGACGGAGAAGAGGAGGGGGUUCGUAUUUAUCACGUAUAAAGAAGAAGCUCCUGUCAAGAAGGUUAUGGAAAAGAAGUACCAUAACGUCGGUGGGAGCAAGUGUGAGAUUAAAAUAGCCCAGCCCAAAGAGGUCUACCUGCAGCAGCAGUAUGGUGCUCGUGGAUAUGGAGGCCGCGGCAGGGGCCGUGGAGGCCAGGGCCAGAACUGGAAUCAAGGCUACAACAACUACUGGAACCAGGGAUACAACCAGAACUAUGGUUAUGGACAGCAAGGCGGAUACGGAUAUGGCGGCUAUGGCAACUAUGACUACUCUGCUGGUUAUUACGGCUAUGGGGGUGGCUACGAUUACAACCAGGGCAAUACAACCUUUGGGAAAACUCCAAGACGUGGUGGAGGCCACCAGACUAGCUACAAGCCAUACUGAUCACACAUAGCGCAGGUCUAAAGUAAAUAAGAAAAAGAGAUCCAUGGUCUGACCACAGCGAACAUGGGCUCUGGCUUUUCCUUUGGAGUUGGCAGAAAUUUGGACUCAUGCUCCAUUUGUACAGAUCAAGUGAGGAACUGGGGAAGCAAAUGUCACUUUUCCACUUUUUAUUUUAUAUUGUUUUGUGUCCAUUUACAUUUCCAGCGAUGGAAGUGUUAUUUUUACUGUACUUUUUGGUACCUUUUUGAAUCUAAUGUAUUGUAUGGUUGUAUUUUUACAUGUCUACUGGAUUUUCCGACGAGCAGGAGCAAGAGCUUUUAAAGCUCACAAAUAAAACAAUUUAGCUUUUUUUUUUCUUUUUUUUUUUCUUUUUUUUUUCCUUUUGUGUUUCUAGAUCUUUAGUUAUUUUCUCCCAUGCUGAGUGUUGGAUGCGAGUUGCAUGGCUUCAGAUGUGGGGUGAGGUAAAUAAGGGAUUUAAACUAAUCAAAGGCUCUUUGUAAGCGUUAUCCAAUGAAUGUUUGCAGAUGGCCUUGUAGACGAAGACAACCAGCAUCUUUUUUCUUUUUUUUUUUCUUUUGGCUUUUAAGGAGAUUCUUCCCCCAUCAUGUCUGCAAUUUUAAGUGGCUUUACUAGUGUUAUUCAACUGAACGCAAGCCUGUUAAUGUAAGAGGGCACCCCCUCUCUCACUGGAAACUCAUUCCUCUAGUGUCUUGGGCAAAUUGGUAGAAAUAAACUUUUGGUUUAUAUUACAAAUGGAUCUUUUUGUUAUUAUUUGUAAAGAUAAUGUUAAAUGUUUUGUACUGUUAAAUGGCUUGCUUGUUUUUCGUCUCAAGUAAUGUUAACAUCUCCAUGGAUGCCUCUUUGGGAAGCUGUGGGCGAAGGCGUCACUGCCUGCAGGAUAACUGGCUCAGUGUUAAUACCCACCCCACUAGAUGUGAAACUGCAAUACUUGAGAGUUCAUUUUGAUGAUUGUGUCCAGGAGUUAAA